UUCUCUGCUAAUUAAUCAGCUAAGAAAGAACAUAGAGAAAAUGGUGAAAACACCUUAUGUUGAUAAAAAUGGCAUCAGAAAAGGCACAUGGAGUGCUGAGGAAGAUGAAAAGCUCAAAGCUUAUAUCAUCAAUCAUGGCUACUUGAAUUGGCGUCAACUCCCCAAGCUUGCAGGAUUAUCGAGAUGCGGUAAGAGUUGCAGACUUCGAUGGAUGAAUUAUUUGAGACCCGACGUUAAAAGAGGCAACUUUAGUAAAGAAGAGGAGAAUAUCAUAGUCAAAUUGCAUGAAUCACUUGGGAAUAGAUGGUCCGUGAUUGCUGCACAAUUACCGGGUAGAACUGAUAACGAAGUAAAGAAUCAAUGGCAUUCUUUUUUGAAGAAACGCGCAACGAAAAGGUCAUUAGACCAUAACCAAGAUGACGAUCAUAUGCCGAAACGUAAAAGACGUGUUCACCCAAUAAAAAAGUCAAAAUCAUCACCUUUAGAAGUAGGGGAGGGUAGUUUCGCGUCAACAGAUUUUGUGGUUCAUGGAAUACUCGAGAGUUCUGACUUGUCGAAUGUUUCGACAUCGUUCAAUGAACCUUGCAUCUCAAAUGAGUCGACAAUGGGGACGUACUCGAAUGUGACCGAAGUUGACCCUAUUAUGAGCAUGUUUGCAAAUGGAAAUGAUGUUUUUCCUCAUGAAAUGUUGGAUGAAUCGUACGGAGAUCUUUGGAUGGAACCCUUUUUAGCAACAAAUUCGGAAAGCAAAAGACGUGUUCACCAAAUAAAAAAGUCUAAAUCAUCACCUUUAGAAGUAGGGGAGGUUAGUUUCGCGUCAACAGAUUUCGUGGUUCAUGGAAUACUCGAGAGUUCUGACUUGUCGAAUGUUUCGACAUCGUUCAAUGAACCUUGCAUCUCGAAUGAGUCUACAAUGGGGACGUACUCGAAUGUGACAGAAGUUGACCCUAUUAUGAGCAUGUUUGCAAAUGGAAAUGAUGUUUUUCCUCAUGAAAUGUUGGAUGAAUCGUACGGAGAUCUUUGGAUGGAACCCUUUUUAGCAACAAAUUCGGAAAGCAACUCGGAUCUUUCUUUGGUUACAGAUUGGGAGUAUUUAUUUCAUGAUCCAUUGCCGGAUUUUGAAGACGAAUUUCAUGUCUCUUUAUGGUAA